UGUGAAUCCAUUUCCCUCUCUAGGUCAGUUUCAGUUGGGAACCGUCUCUGAGAACACGUAGUAUCCGACCUGAAACUUACUUAAGCAAGGACUUUCCACAGCUAGUCAGUUUUUUUCUCCGGCAACAUGUGCACUGGAAAGUGUUCUCGUUGCAUUUCAGUCACUCUGUACCCAUUAGUGUUAAUAUCAAUUAUCUGUAACAUCGUACUGUUCUUUCCUGACGGGGACAUCCAAUAUGCCAAAGAUGGACAUAUUACCGAGGAGGUGAAGUACAUGGGGGGACUUGUCGGAGGGGGCAUUUUGGUGUUGAUCCCUGCACUUUACAUUCAUUUGACUGGACAACAGGGCUGCUGUGGAAAUCGUUGUGGGAUGUUCCUAUCAAUUGCUUUUGCUGCAGUGGGUGUGGCUGGAGCGCUGUACAGUUUCAUUGUGGCAGUGCACGGUUUGAUCAAUGGGCCGCUCUGCAAAGUUCUUCUGGUCUGGACAACACCUUUUAGCGAUACGAAAUACCUGUCUGAUAGUUCACUCUGGUGGAAGUGCACGGCGCCUAAGAACAUCGUGCAGUUCAACAUUGGGUUGUUCGGCACUCUGCUGGCCACAAGCUGCCUGCAGCUGAUUCUCUGUGGAAUACAGAUGAUCAACGGGCUCAUUGGCUGUGUGUGUGGAACCUGCAACGAGAAAGGGCCCCUGUGAGUUCUUGACAACUGAUUGUCGCCCCCUGCUGGAAGGCUGAGGACAACUCAUCGCGGCUGCGCCUGCCUCAAACAUUUGAAGUCACUUUUCUCUCCACUUGAGAACAGAUUUGCAUAUACUUUGUGUAUUUCAUGUUUUAUUACAUGGACCAAUAUAUGAAUCUUAAAUGUAAUGCAUUGUGGUGUGUUUAGGAAAAACAUAAUUAGGUGUUCAGUUUUUAAUAUUCUGGUUUAAAAUGCAGCAGCAGCUAGUUUUAUACUUUGUUUGAUUUCAAAUAUUAAUUAACAUUUCAAUUCAGUGGAAUUUAGUGGUAAAAUAAAAUCAGGACACAGUACUUCUUCAAUGACACUUUUAAUGUAGGAUUUAUAACUACAAUGAAAAAUACUUCAGCAUCGUCACAAGUCGUUAGCAGUUUCUGAAUAAAACACCUACAUUUCUAUAUAAAAAGCUAUGGGAAAUGAGCAAGAACUAUGAUUCAAAGACUACUAAGCACUGAAAAGCACUGCACUUGGAUGGCAAACGACAGAUGAUAUUUUGUCAUUUCUUCAACAUAAAAAUAAACGUUAAAACAAACUAAA